GGAUUGAGAGGUAGGGCAGUUUGGAAACAGGUCCUAUAAAUGCUUCACCACUUCACACUUGAGCGGUUAGGGCGUAAACGAAGAUACGAAGCCAAAGACGAGGGCUUUCCUUCGUGUUGCAUAAAAAUUUUAUCUUUUUUACUCGAAGAAGAAGAACAAGAUGGAUCGGUACCAAAGGGUCGAGAAGCCAAGAGCGGAGACAACGAUUGAUGAGAAUGAGAUUCGGAUUACGAGCCAGGGGAGGAUGAGAAGCUAUAUCACUUAUGCUAUGAGUCUGCUUCAGGAAAAAGGUUCAACCGAGAUUGUAUUCAAGGCAAUGGGUAGAGCUAUCAACAAAACUGUAACUAUUGUGGAGUUAAUCAAGAGGAGGAUUGUUGGCCUUCAUCAAAUCACAUCAAUUGGAUCCACUGAUAUAACAGAUACAUGGGAGCCCCUUGAAGAAGGCCUCCUUCCUCUGGAAACCACAAGGCAUGUUUCAAUGAUUACAAUAACUCUGUCAAAUAAGGAGCUGAAUACAUCUUCUGUCGGGUACCAGCCGCCUCUACCAGCUGACCAGGUCAAGGCAUGGACUGAAUUUGAUUAUGAAGGAGAAGGAUCACCUACUGGUCGUGGAAGGGGCCGUGGUGGUAGAGGGAGGGGAAGGCCUAGAGCUACUUAUGGGAAUGGAUUUGCAGCUGCGGAGUAUGAGGAUGGAGGUUGGGAUAGGAAUCGUGGCUAUGCCAGAGGCAGGAGUCGAGGAAGAGGUCGUAACUUCCGUGGCCGUGGUAGAGGAGGGUACAGUGGUCCUCGGGUUGAUGCCCAGCAAGAUGCGGAAGGUUACAACCAGGAAGGUCCUGCCCGGGGUUACAACCAGGAAGGUCCGGCUCGGGGCUACAACCAGGAUGGACCUGCUCGGGGUUACAACCAGGAUGGACCUGCUCGUGGUUACAACCAAGAUGGACCUGCUCGAGGUUACAAUCGGGAUGGACUUGCUCGAGGUUACAACCGGGAUGGACCUGCUCGGGGUUACAACCAGGAUGGACCUGCUCGGGGUUACGACCAGGAUGGACAUGCUCAAGGCCGUAAUUACAACCAGGAUGGUCCUGCUCAAGGCCGUGGUCGUGGCCGUGGGAGGGGAUACCGUGGGAGGGGCCGUGGCUUUAGAUCCAAUGGACCAAUCCAUGCAGCUGCUGGGGUCGCUUAAUUGGGUCUCCUUUGGACAUAAUGCAGGGUUUCUGCUUUAUCAUGUGUUUGGAUGUCUGCUCCAUAUUUCGUGUUUUUCUUUUCUUUUUUUUUUUCUUCAGUGGCUUACUAAUUUUAAUUAUAGGAAGUUGAUGUAGACUAAUUUUACAAGUUUGGUACUGCAGCCGUGUUUGGCAGCCCUUUCUAUUUUAUUUAUUUAUUUUUAAAAUUUUCGUAGAGGGUGGUGGUUGGAUGCUUGUUUGACCGUAAACAGUGUAACUGUUCUUGUUUAGUGAGCAGCACAUUCUUUAUUUAUCUUUAUUUGGAAUGUAUUUGGUGUUAGAAAUCACACUAAAUUGUUCAUUUAGUGGA